AUGAAUGAACCUUCCCUCUUUUACUCCGCCGACAGCGUGGGGGUUUCCAAGGAGUCUAAAGCCAGAAGCCUCUCGUUCCAGUACAUGUCAGACCUCCAUCUCGAGGUCUGGCAACAAUACGACACAUUUGACUUUCUAGUAACCGCUCCAUUUCUCAUCCUCGCUGGUGACAUCGGUCGUCUCGCCGACUACGAGGCGUAUCGACGAUUCCUGGCGCGGCAAGCCGCCCGAUAUGAGCUGGUGUUUCUCGUCCUCGGUAAUCAUGAGUUCUACGGCCUUGAUUUCGAUGCGGCAAUUGCCAAGGCGAGACAGCUCGAGGACGAACCUCGGCUCCAUCCUAAGCUGCGACUCCUUCACCGGACGAGAAUCGAUCUAAUGGGAGGCGAGAUAAGCAUCCUGGGCUGUACCCUGUGGUCCCACGUUCCGGACCGCGAUAUGGAUGCAGUACGUGGUAGAGUCAAGGACUUGCAGAAAAUAGAGAAUUGGAGCGUCGAGCGUCACAACCAGUCCCAAGAGGCGGAUCUCAGCUGGCUAAAAGAUGAAAUGACAGCCAUCUCGCCGGGCAUCGAGAAGAGCGCGUCGUCAAACAGGGUGGUCCUGGUUGUAACACAUCACGCACCUUCGAUUCAGGAAGCGUCUCGCCCCGAGCAAGUUAACAACCCUUGGACAUCCGCGUUUGCCUCGGACCUCCUUCCCGCGGUCGGGUGGGACUGUGUUGACUAUUGGGUGUACGGCCACACGCAUUAUACCACGAGUUUCACGCGAGGAUCUACCACGGUUGUGAGUAACCAGCGCGGCUACGUCCCGGUAAACGGCGGGCGUUGCCCAGAGCGUAAAACUCAGGACGAUAGCCACGUAUUUGACCCUCGGAGGGUGAUUGCCCUCAACGAAUGUGGGGCUAGUGAGGCAGUUCGAUGCAGUAUCACAUAG